GUGUGUUUUCGUUGACGAAUCGUUUUAUUUCUUGGCAAAUUAAGCUUACGCCUAUGCAUAUAGUUGCAUUAACACUUUAGCAUUUGAAUUUAACUAGCUCAUUGUUUAAAUAUAUAUCAAUUAGGCAAUCGUGUUUAGGUAAAGUGAGGAGAAGAGCCCGAGCAGGCUAUCCGUGUAACCCGUAACUAAGGCAACGACGUUUGACGUGACUCGCGGGUUAACACACAUUGAAAGAACAUCGAAUUAACGAGGAGAUUGUUGCUGUUAGUUUAAUAGUCUCAUGUGACAUACGCUGACAAUGGAGAGACAUAACUUGGGAAAAGAAAGACUUAUAGUACCAAGUGACUUCACGUCUGCAGCGCUUUCAAGGAAUGUCAAGAAAGACCUGAUUCCCCCGUCGCAUUUUACAUCAACUGUCCAUCCUGCUGGAACACACAGAAGUUCUAAAGUCCAGGAAGCAUCGCCACCCACCUUUAUCAACUCUGGCUUAACAUCAGCACCAUCCGGAAGCUCCAACCCUGAAAACCCAUGGCUCGCCAUAUCUCAGGCCCAACAGGAAAUCUUGGAACUGAGGAGAGAAAAUCAAAGGCUCGUAAUGUCUCAGAGAGAAAACAGAGGAGUAGGGUUUGCUGUGGAUCACCCAUCAGACCUUAGGAUAAGAAAGUGUGAGCAGUGGUCCAGAUGGGAGUCAGAGUGGCACCUAGAGGCAGAGGAGUACAAGGCUGAAGCUAUUAGGUUAAAGGGGCAGGUCGAGGCCUUGAAGGAGUCUGCAGAAAGACAAAGAGAUGAGAUGAAGGACAGAGACAGCACACUUAACAGACAGAGCCAUGAGUUGGAAGCAAUGAGCAACAAGCUUCAUGAGGCUGAGAUUGGACUGUACAAAAUCAGAAAGGAGCUCAGUGAAAUGAGCGCAGAGAAGGAGAAAAUAAGCUCACAGUUUGAAAGACUGAAGGGAGAGUCUGAUGAGGAAAUUACAAAGCUGAGAAGAGCUUUAGAGAGGAGUGAAGAGGACUCCCGGGAGCUUGUUCUGAAAGCUGAAAUGGGCAGGUUGCAAGUGGAGGAGGAAGCCAAACAGCAGACUCUUAAAUUAUCAGAACAACUGAAGGAAUUGCGCAUGAAGCAGGAGGUCGAGCUUCAACGGUUAAAUGUUUCCCACCAUGUAGAGCUGGAUGCAGUAAGCAAAACCAACAGGGAACUAAACGACAAACUUCAAUCAAUGACCUCCGAAGUGCUGCAGCAGAAAAACAAUCUGGUAGAGAUAUCUACUGAGAGAGACAGGCUGAAAGAACAUUUAAGCCAAAUGGGACAAGCUUUUGAGACACAAUCAGCAACGCUGCACAGCCUCAGAAAUUACAUCGGCCAGCUUGCCCCAGAGAAAGGAGAGAAGGAACGAUUAAAUGACGCUGUUGAGAGGCUGAAUAAAGAGAAGGAAGCUCUUCAGAGGACCACUGAGCUUUUGACUGUCAGGCUUAACUGUGUGAAUGAAAUACUGGCCCUCCAAGAGGAGAAAAUGGUAAAGAAGACCUUUAAAGACCCAAUCACAAAGAAUGAAUUAGAAGGCCUUCAAGUGCUUCGACUCUGGAGAGAGAAAGUGUUCAAGUUGUGCAUCCAGCUUCGCUUAAAGGAUAUUGAACUGAAAGGAGAAAAGGAUGAACUUCUUUCAAAGUUAAGAGCCAUAGAGCAGCAGCUCCAGCAGGAGCAGCACCGGGGUAGUGUGCUCCAACACAGUCUAGAUAACACGAGAGCUGAGCUGGACCUGAAGAGAGUGGAAAAGGAGACCCUGAAAAUGGACUUGGCGGGGGCUCACAAGGAACUCUCUCAACUGAAGUCACAGAAUCAGAAAGCAGAAGUGGAUCUUCAAACUGUUUCAGAAGCAAUGCAGAGCUUUACUGCAGCAUUUCAAAGCAAGGUGGCAGAAGUGGAUGCAGCUCAAACGAGGCUUAACACUUUCACACAGAGGCUUACUUUCGCUAAGGGACGAGUGGAGACAAUCCAAGGUCUGAUCAUGAGGAGGGUCGCUUUGCAGAAAGUUCAGCAGGCCAGUAAACAAGCAGAACACGCCAUAGACAGCAUCACAAACCUGCAGAUGGAGCUCAGUUUGGUCCGUGAUGAGAGAGACAAACUCACACAGGAGCUCAAAAGAACCCCGGAGCUCAUCAUGAAAGCUCUAGCUGACCUAAAAGAACAGUAUGAGGGCAAAGUGGAGCAGCAGCAGCAGGAGCUGGAGCAGAGCUGGAUGGAGGCCUGUCAGGCUGUGUCGGGUAGAGAGGAGGCUGAACGGAAGCUGCAGGAGAUCCAGGCCCAGCUAAAGGAGAGUGAAAUCAACCUGGAGACACUCCGCUCUGAGCUGCUCAGCCAGCAGGAGCACAGCGAGCGUGUCCUGCAGGAGAGAGUGUCUGAGAUCAAGAACCACUGCGCUGAGAAGCUGAGAGAGAUGGAGGAUCAGGUCAAUACUGCCAGGAGGGAGCACACCAAAGCAGUUAUGACUUUGCGGCAGUUCGAGAAAGAGGCAGUAAAGAAACAGGAUGAGAUAAGAAGAACUCGACACUAUGAGAGCCAACUCACAAAAAACAAAGUCCAGAAUAAACAACCCAAGGAGAUGAUGAAAGACAACCUCCUGCUGGCUUCUGUUGCUGGGGGGAGGCUGAAGUGUGACGAUACAAGGGCACACACAGCGGCUAUACGAAACCCUUCAGCACCCAGAGAACAUCCAGGAAAACAUUCAGACAAGCAUGCAGACGCGAGGCUCCUGUCUGUUUUGGAGGAGCUCCACAGUCUCAGUGCUGCAGUGGUUAACAGCUCUGAGGACUCUGCGGAGGAGGAGGAGGGACAGACUGACAGCGUGGGACUGUCAACAGGCAGUCUGACAGCUGAUACCUGAUGAUGAGUCACUUGAGCUGAUGAACACACCUUUAAUUUGUGCCAGAGGUGGGCAGUGAUGACUCUUAAGAUGCCAUAGAAAAUACAGCCAGAGAAGAAUGAGAGCUUUCUAGUGCAGUCAUCAUGCUUCAACUGAACACAAACAUGAAUUCUUUCAACACAUCCACUGUGUGUACAGAAUGACUUAAUCAGAGGGAAUUCAGGGAAACAUUGAUGGACUAAGAAUUUAUUUCAGUUGAAUGUUAAAUCCACCAAGCACUUGUAAAAAGACUUUCAUUCCACUAAACAGGUGGAAUGAAAGAGAUUAUUUUUUAUUUUCAGAGUAAUCUACACUUCACGUUCUUUCCUGCCUAGCCACCAGUACUGCGAAACACUUUUCUUUUAGAUUUUAUUCAUUCUUAAAAUAGCCCUUGGCUAAUUUGAAUUGUGAUGGUUUAAGGUAAAAAAGAUAAGAAAGUAGUAUGAAUAGACAUUCACCAAAAGAACAAUUUUCUGUAUGUUUAAAACACAGCAAACAAGAAAAUAUAUAGACUCCAAUAAAUUAAUAUAAUUGACAUUAUUUUCUUGUUUGCUGUGUUAUGUUUUUAUCAAAAGGGGGUAUUGAAACAUUCUGAAACAAAGAUGAAGCUGUAUCCCCUCGUGUGAGUAGAAGACUUCUCUGUAAGGUUCGGUCAUAGUGGUUUAUGUAAGAGUUCAAAUGUGCCUUUGCAGAGACUUGUUGCUUGAGUGCAGUCUAAUAAAGAAGACUUAAAAUGACAA